CCCGCUCGCGGGUCCGCGCUCGCCGCGGCGCCGGCUGCCGGUUGAGCUCCGCGCUCCACCGCCAAGCCGCGUCUCCUUGCUCUUUGCGGGGCGCCCUUCCACUCGGGGCUUCGCGGGAGAUCGGGGCUCCCGAAGGAGGUCGGGGAGUCGGCCUCGCGGGGAGGUGUGGAAGGUAUUCUUGGCUUAGAGGAGGCGCUUCAGUACUGCCUUACUGCUUAAGGGAUGGGAUCAGAGAACAGCGCUUUAAAGAGCUAUACGCUGAAAGAACCGCCAUUCACCUUGCCCUCUGGACUUGCUGUGUACCCCGCUGUCCUGCAGGAUGGCAAAUAUGCUUCCGUCUUCGUGUAUAAGAGAGAAAACGAAGACAAGGUUAAUAAAGCUGCCAAGCACUUGAAGACACUUCGUCACCCUUGCUUGCUAAGAUUUUUAUCCUGUACUGUGGAAGCAGAUGGCAUUCAUCUUGUCACUGAGCGCGUGCAACCCCUGGAAGGAGCUUUGGAAACAUUGUCUUCUGCAGAGGUCUGCGCUGGGAUUUAUGACAUAUUGCUGGCUCUUAUCUUCCUUCAUGACAGAGGACACCUAACUCACAACAACGUCUGCUUAUCAUCUGUGUUUGUGAGUGACGAUGGGCACUGGAAGCUAGGUGGAAUGGAGACUGUGUGCAAGGUUCCGCAGGCCACACCAGAGUUUUUGAAGAGUAUUCAGUCAGUAAGAGACCCAACAUCUAUCCCUCCCGAAGAGAUGUCUCCAGAAUUCACAACCCUUCCAGAGUCUCUUGGACAUGCUCGGGAUGCCUAUUCAUUUGGAACAUUGGUGGAAAGUUUGCUCACAAUCUUAAACGAACAGGUUUCAGCGGAUGUUCUCUCCAGCUUUCAACAGACCUUGCACUCAACUUUGCUGAAUCCCAUUCCACAGUGCCGGCCAGCGCUCUGCACCUUACUCUCCCAUGACUUCUUCAGGAAUGAUUUUUUAGAAGUUGUGAACUUCUUGAAAAGCUUAACAUUGAAGAGUGAAGAGGAAAAAACUGAAUUCUUCAAGUUUCUGCUGGACAGGGUCAGCUGCUUGUCAGAGGAAUUAAUAGCUUCAAGGUUGGUGCCUCUUUUGCUUAAUCAGUUGGUGUUUGCAGAGCCGGUAGCUGUCAAGAGUUUUCUUCCUCAUCUACUCGGUCCCAAAAAAGAUAAUGCGCAGGGAGAAACCCCUUGCUUGCUCUCACCAGCCCUGUUCCAGGCGCGGGUGAUCCCCGUGCUUCUGCAGUUGUUCGAGGUUCAUGAGGAACAUGUGCGGAUGGUGCUGCUGUCUCACAUUGAGGCCUACGUGGAGCACUUCACUCAGGAGCAGCUGAAGAAGGUCAUCUUGCCGCAGGUAUUACUGGGCCUGCGUGACACCAGUGAUUCCAUCGUGGCCAUUACCCUUCAUAGCCUAGCAGUGCUGGUCUCUCUGCUUGGACCAGAGGUGGUUGUGGGUGGACAAAGAACCAAGAUCUUCAAACGCACUGCCCCAAGUUUUACUAAAACUGUUGACCUUUCCCCAGAAGGCAAUCAGUUUUCCAUGAAUGGAGUCUCAGAUGUUAAAAAUACUUCAGGGGACAGUGAAAAUUUCCCAUCAGAUUCUAAAAAGUCAGAGGAGUGGCCCGACUGGAGUGAGCCUGAGGAGUCUGAGCACCAAACCGUCAGCAUUCAGAUUUGGCCGAGAGAACCAGGUGAUGCCGCGGAGUCCCAGGGCACUGGCAUGGAUGCACAGUCGUCUUGGGGUGACUGUGAGCCCAGCAGUGUGGAUGCUGAAGUAAACCCAGGCACUGGAAUCUCUGCUCCGAGACCUGUUACCUCACGGGGGCAGGAGCCUGUUCCUGCUCUGCUCUCACUCACUGAAGAAUCUAAGCCUUUGAAAUCAAGUCUACCACAAAAGACCAGUCUUGUACAAAGUGGGGGUGACCCAGACCAAAUCAGGCCACCAAAAGUGCUGUCACAAGAAAGGCCACUUAAGGUCCCAUCAGAACUUGGUUUAGGAGAGGAAUUUACCAUUCAGGUGAAAAAGAAGCCAGUACAAGAUCCUGAGUUGGACUGGUUUGCUGAUAUGAUCCCUGAAAUCAAGCCUUCCGCUGCUUUUCUUAUUUUACCUGAACUGAGGACAGAAAUGAUGGUCCCCGGCAAGGACGAUAUCUCACCAGUGAUGCAGUUUUCUUCCAAAUUUGCUGCAGCAGAGAUUACUGAGGGGGAGGCUGAAGGCUGGGGAGACGAAGGGGAGCUGAACUGGGAAGAUAAUAACUGGUGACAAUGGAUAUGAGUUAAACCCUAGCAAAAAGGAUGUUUCCCCCCAAAAAAGUGAAAUCAGUACCUCAACAGCAGGCCAUGUGGACAAUAAAACCCAGCAGCAGCCCGUUCGGCCCAUCCCAGGAGCUCUUGUUGUCCGGUCUGUGCCAAGUGAAGUGUGGAAAGGGCUCACUUCUAAAAGCUCUGGGUGGUGAGAGGCUCACAGAGCUGCUUCUCGGGAGAAGAACCUGUGUGCAUUUGACACAAGUAGCUGAGGAAAUGUGGAAUAUACAGUUUUUUUUCCAGGACAAUUCUGGAAGUAAAGACAAUAAAUACAAAAAUUCAAGCUGA